AAGCAGCAGGCAUUGCUAGUGGAGCGCCUAUUACACAAAAGGAGAGCUUCAAGAUGGCGCAGGCAAUAUUUGAGGUGCUCGAAGGCAUGGAUAACCAGACUGUGCUGGCAGUUCAGUCACUGCUGGAUGGUCAAGGCGGAGUUCCUGACCCAAACAGCCAAAAUGUCUCUGCGACGCCGGCCAUCCAGCCUAUGGACGACGAAGACGUGUUCCUGUGUGGGAAGUGUAAGAAACAGUUCAACUCUCUGCCUGCCUUCAUGACGCACAAGAGGGAGCAGUGCCAGUCUGGCACCCCCUCCCUGUCCACCGUGUCCCUGGCCUCCACCAACGCCUACGCGCCGGUCCCAUCAGUCGGCUCCGUACCCCAAACUGCCGCCAACAGACAGGUAUCCACCUACAUAACAGUCCCUCCAUCUCCUCUGACUCACACUCUGGUGCAAGGCAACGUGCUGGUCAGCGACGAUGUCCUCAUGUCGGCCAUCUCCGCCUUCACCUCCAUCGACCAGCCCAUGGCCGCCAUGCAGACGCCCAUACAGAGUAACAUGAGCAUGCACACAGCGGGGGUAUCGUAUCUUCAGCACCAUCACCACCAUCAUCAUCAGCAGCAGCAGGCUUCCCACCCUCUGCCCUCCAGCCAGGCACCGCCCCCCGCCCUGCCAGCUGGGCAGCCCACCCAGCAGCCCCUCUCCUCCCAGGUGCCAGUGAGCCACAGCAACUCGGUGGUGCAGGUGUACAACACGAUGCCCCACAUGGCAGGCCCUGCUGCUGCUGCAGCUGCUGGUGCUGGCGGUGCAGCAGAGAUCCAUACGUUAGGCCUGCCAGCUUUCCACCCUGUUCAGUGCGUAGAGGGCCAGUCGUUCAGCAGURCUCCCGUCUACAGCCCUGGGAAGCAGGGCAGCAAAGCAAAGAGCUGCAGCCACAUGGGCAGCAUGGCAGAGCUGAGUGACUUCGAAAAGGUCAUCAUACCCAAGCAGCCCCGGAGCAGCAAGAAGACAACGGACGGAGCAGCAGCAGAUCACCUGAAGGGAAAAGGUCCGAAGCUGAAGUGUAAUUUCUGCAAUAAGUUCUUCUCCAAAAACUUUGACCUCCAGCAGCACAUCAGAAGCCACACAGGAGAGAAACCGUUCCAGUGCAUCGUCUGUGGGCGGGCCUUCGCCCAGAAGUCUAACGUGAAGAAACACAUGCAGACUCACAAGGUGUGGCCGAUGAGCGUGGCGAACACUGUGACCCGGCUCCCCAUCACAGUGAAGGUGGUUCCCGUUUCAUUCAUUGAGGAAGAUCGGAUGGCGGAGCGGCAGAAACAAGGCGACAUGGACCGAGACCAGACUCAAGCAGAACCAGAGCCGGCCCAAAUGGAGGAACCAGGGGAGGAGGCAGCGAUGGAGGCCGAAUCCGGUCUGACCGCCAGUCGAGGGGGAGACGCCCAGGACUGUCACGCUCACUUCAUGUCUGACCAGAACCAGCAGGGCGGCGCUCAAACCAAGCAGAUUGUUGUGAUAGACAGCUCCUACCAGUGCCAGUUUUGCACCUGCAAGUUCAAGACCUACUUCCAGCUCAAGUCUCACCUGACCCAGCACAAAGGCCAGCAGGUGUAUAAGUGUGUGUUGAAGAGCUGCUCCCAGACCUUCCAGAAGCUGGACCACUUCCUGGAACACAUCCGGACGCACCAGGAGCAGUUGACGUACCGCUGCCACCUCUGCAGCAAGGUCUUCCCCUCCCUGUUUGAGCUGGGAGUCCACCAGUACUCCCACUGCUUCUGCCCACAGCAGAACAUGCGCAAGGAGACGAGCGUGUUCAGGUGUGCRAAAUGUCAGAGCAGGUAUUCAACCCAGGAAGCUCUGGAGCAACACCUGCUGACCGCCUCUCACAGCUUCCCUUGCCCUCACUGUCAGAAGGUCUUCCCAUGUGAGAGAUACUUCCGGCGCCACCUGCCCACUCAUGGUGUUGGAGGAAGAUUUAAGUGUCAGAUCUGCAAAAAGGCCUUCAAGACUGAGCACUACCUCAAGCUGCACGCUCGCAUUCACUCAGGUGAGAAACCGUACAAGUGUUCUCUCUGUGAGGCGACGUUCAACAGAAAGGACAAAGUGAAGAGACACAUGCUGAUCCACGAGCCCUUUAAGAAAUACAAGUGUCCCUUCAGGACACAUGUGGGCUGCACCAAAGAAUUCAACAGACCAGACAAACUGAAAGCCCACAUCCUGUCACAUUCUGGUAUCAAACCCUACAAGUGUCUGUUCUGUCAGAAGGCRUUCAGCCGCAGGGCUCACAUGCUGGAGCAUCAACAGUCCCACACAAACAACUACAGGUUCAGGUGCUCCACAUGCAACAAGGGAUUCACAAGGCAGAGCUACUACAGAGACCACAAAUGUCCCACAGCAGGAGACAGGACAGGAGCAGAGGUGGGGACAGAGGAGGACGAGGCUGAUGAGGCUGCAGGAGCAUCGGUGGUUCAGGAGCAGGAAGGAGAGCACAACGGGAAGAGAAGCAGAUUCACGAGGAUUUCCAAAUGCUCACAGACUGAUGGAGAGGAGGYAGAGGAAGAGGGCGGCUCCGAUGGAGACCAGGAAACAGCAGAAACUCAACCAGGGGACAAAGAGGUGACGGACAGAGGCCGCCAUGCUGCCAUGGCUACCACCGAGGGAGGGGCAGAGGAACAUGGCGACAUGGAAACCAGUGGCGAGCUGCAGACACAGACUAGGACCAACGCCCACAACAGUUUACGGGGGCAGCCAUGUUUGUAGUCCAAACCUGCCUCUUUGUUUAAGCCGUUUCCGGUACUGGAAAAUGACAAUUGUUUUAUAUUAAAACAGUUACAUUGCUCAGAUGUUUUAUGAUCAUUUCCCCCAGAGUUUUGUACAGAAUAUAAUAAAAAUUAACCCAUGCCAGUAUUUCAGUCUUAGGGUUUUUUUUUUUUUAUUUGCAGGCGGUAAACACAUUUACUUUCACCAGAACACCACAAAAGGGAUGUUUUGAGUUAAUUUAUUAAUGUGACAAUUCCUACAUUACGCAUCUUUCAUGUACAUAAGCAGUUGGAGAAAAGAAAAUAGAGCAUUGCCUUAAACUUAUUUAAAAUCUUAAGAAACUUUGUUAUGAACACCAUUUACAACUUCUCAUCCUGUACAGGAGUGACAGUGGUUCAGCUGGAUUAACCAGCUGGAUUAAAAAACAAACAUGAGCAUCUUUAUUUUUAUUUCCAUAUCUGCUCGUUUAUGACGUUUCAGGGUUUCUACUGUGAAAAUKUCAAAAAAUGCUUUCAGGAGGUGGCAUAUUGAGCACAACUUGACCUUUGGUCCUCAUACAUUCAUUACUUUCAUACAGUUCUAACUAAAAUUACCAAUAAAUCUUCCUACUGCAGUUUCUCCUGGACAUUUCUGAUCAAUUUAUUUAUUCCAAUGGAGGGAUGAAUCAGCCUGAUCAGAGAGAAUAAGAGUGUUUAUUUUACCACAUGACCAACUGUUUCUGCUGGCUGAGAGCCUGAGGGGGGAAAGGCUAAAAACUGAUCAUUCAUUUUGAAUCCAAAGUUCAGAUAGUUUCCUCUGCUGGUUCAGUGUGUGACUACACAGUUUAAACAGUCUUCACAACACAAGGUUUCAUUUCAUUAUAUAAUCUUCCGCAGCUUCAACACUUGGUGAGGAAAAAGGUUUUUGGUUAUAUAUAAAAAAAAAAAAAAAAACCUUUCUGGAGUGCUGGAGUUUCAGCACUCCAGAUUUAUUGGCACCCAGGACAAAAAUAUGUAAAAAAAACCUCAAAAGAAAUUCAGCUUUCAUUGCAGUAAAAUAUUCUUCAAAAAGAAUCUGGAAAAUUCACCUUUAAUCUUUGUACAUGGAUUCAGUUUAUAUCUCUUGUUCAAAUAUUACUUUUCGCUUAUAAAAAUUACCACAAUUGGUUUCCUUAAACAUUUGUUUUAAAAUGCUGUAACACAAGCAUUUUUAAAUUUACACUUUGCUUCUAAAUGUAAUCUCUAAACACAUUUCUCAAAAUGUUCUAAAUGUUAUUGAAAGAGAUUUUAAAAGCUGCUUCACACAUCUUCACUAGAAGUGCUCAUUAAUGCCAAGUAAUGAUUAAAAUAUUAUUUUUCCCAAGUUCAGACAGAACAAGCUACAAAUGACAGGUGUAAAGAGAGGUGGGAUUUAAAUUUCCUCAGUUAUUGCYGACUUUUGAAAACAACCUUUGUAUCCCUUCCUUUUUGAGGUCUGUUGUGAAAGAUGUCAAAAUAAGGCAAGAAAAYACUUGUUCAUGUUUCAAAUGCUACAUGUUUAAAAGAGACAACCGGGUUGCAAUGAAAAUGCCUCAUAUGAUUAAAUUUUAUUUGGUUUGAUGCAGUAUUGGCGUUCUUCUGGUCUUCUGUGGAUUUUUAAGYAACAGGCUUAAUUAAGACUACUUCUGUACAUUAAAAGACCAAAAAAAGGUUAUUAAAGCUGUUAACAUUAAGAUUCUUACAGAAAACUAAUCCACAUUAUCCCGUUAUUACAGAUCACAGUGUGCAGACUCCGACCCUAUAAAACUAGGGCCAGUUAAAUGGUUUUUAUAACAUUUGCCACCACCAUUAAAAAAAAAUAAUGGAGGUUACAACACUGUUCACAAUCAUUCAUCGAUUCACAGACUCGAAACAUGACAUAAUCCAGAGCGCAAAACGAAAGCAAAGAAUCCCAAAUCUCUGAAGCACCAAGAUUGUCUGUUAUUGAAGCUUUUGAAAGUCAUUAAUGUUAACUUAAGAGAGGAAGAUUCAUUUAAAUAAUUAGUUCAGACUCAUUUGAACGCAACUCAUUUUGGGGAAACUUAGCCGAGUUGAAAACUUAAAGCCACACCCUCUAUGUCUCARAUCGUGCUCUGCACUCAUGAGUUUCUCUCGUUGACAUGACGACCGCGUUUGGAAGGCAGUCUUUGGAUUUUGGUUUUGAAAGAAUACGAAAUUCUGCUCCCGCUCAUUAAACCAUGAGAGGUUUGCUGUAAGAGGAUUUCCCCGAUUCAGAAUACUGCACAUGCUGGCAGCCAUCUCACCAGCUGG